AGCAUGUUCCUACAGUUUUUGACAAUUAUGCAGUUACUGUCAUGAUUGGAGAUGAACCAUAUACUUUAGGCCUAUUUGAUACAUGUGGUCAGGAAGAUUACGAUCGCCUCCGUCCUUUGUCUUAUCCUCAAACAGACGUAUUCUUGAUCUGCUUUUCUGUAGCCUCACCAGCUUCUUUUGGAAAUGCUAAAGAAAAAUGGGUCCUCGAGGUUCAUCAUCAUUGUCCAGAUAUUCCAUUCCUGAUUGUCGGUACUCAAAUAGAAUUGCGGGAAGAUCCAUUAGUGAUUGAAAAAUUAGCACGGCAAAAGAUUAGACCCAUAACUUCGGAGGAAGGUAAAAGACUCGCUCAAGAAUUAGGAGCAGUUAAAUAUGUUGAGUGUUCAACAGUUACGCAAAAAGGCCUGAAAAAUGUUUUUGAUGAAGCAAUAGUCGCUGCAUUAGAACCACCGGAUGGGUCAACACAAUUUUUGGAAGAGGUCAAUGCUAAUGUCAAAAUUAAUCAAGAGACUCGUAUUUCCGGAACUGAAUGA